GAGAACAAUGCCUAUUCUAAGCCGACUCAACACUGCAGCAAUUACCCAGCAUGUUGUUUUCGAACCAAAGGCUUAGCCACAACGGAUCCAGCAAGCGUGCCCACUAUGUACAUCAGCCCCGUCAGCAAGGCCAUCAGCUGGGCCUCUCAGCAGUGGCGCGCCUGACACUUACUAGAAUAACAUGAUUCGAACAAAAAAAGCAGACCGCUGCGCAAGAUACCAUUUCCCUGGUGUUCAACUCCAAGCUGGUGCUGCUCUCCGCAGCGUCAUCAAGGUCGAGGCUUUGAGGCUGAGCUCACCUGUGCUGGCGACAUCGCACAGCAACAACAGCAACGGCUUACUGCUAGACGGCAACAGCAGCAUCCGAAGGCUAUGUCCGCGCGUCAUGAAUAGAAAACGCUGAUUUGCGAUGUGGACAUGAAGACGAGUAUAUAUGUGAGAGUGUGCAAUCGUCGAGAUUGAAACCCAUCAUCACAACAACACCACAGUAUCAAUUCCUCUCCAUCCAAACCAUCACCAGCAUUUGGACUACUUAUUCAAGCUACCUUAAUAGCCACCAAAUCAACUCACACCAAACAC